AUGGCGAGUUCUUUUUCUUCGACCUUUUCAGGAUUGAAGAAGCUCACCUUCUCAGAUCAGUUCCUAUCCUCUGCCCGGAAAAAGUUUGCAUCCCCAUUUGGUUUAAGCGUUGUGUUUUCUUUCAUUUUCCUGACCGUAAUUUUGUUCAGUUUCUCAUCCAAGGCUCCAGGUUUUAGCCCUCUAUUUCAAGGGCUUUAUAGGUUUUCUUCCCAAAAUAAAAAUAGUACUUCUCUUUCUUCACCCUUCGGGUCUUCUGGUAAUAAUAAUACUACUUCAAGUUGGUUUAAUAAUACUGGUGUUGUUCAGUCUUCACAGAGCCCUGUGAAUGCUUCCCUUGAGGCAAAUACUAAAGGAAGUAAUAGAACUGUAGAUUCAGUGAAUUCUGCAGGGGAAAAAGAGGCUCUUGAGGGUGCCCACUUGGGAAAUGAGACUGAAUAUAAGAAUGGAAGCUUUGUUGAUUAUGACUGCUCGGUGGACUUUGUUAGCUCUCCUUUUCUUGUAAAGGAAUCAACUUACAGUGGGAAAAAUGGCUCGUUUGAUACUCUGAGAUUGGAUUUGAUGGAUGGUACUACUUCCAUGUACCACGAUGCUGAUGUUAUAAUUUUCAAUACCGGGCAUUGGUGGACUCACGAAAAAACCUCACGCGGUGAAGACUAUUACCAAGAAGGAGACUAUGUUCACCCAAGACUUAAAGUUUUGGAAGCAUUCAAGCGAGCACUUGCCACUUGGGCUCGUUGGGUCGAUAAAAAUAUUGACGUUAACAAAACUGAAGUUAUUUUCAGGGGAUAUUCGGUCACGCAUUUUAGAGGCGGACCUUGGAACUCGGGAGGCCAAUGCCACAAAGAAACAGAACCGAUAUUCAACGAGACUCACUUGGUAAACUACCCUUCGAAAAUGAAGAUAUUGGAGUACGUGCUCAAGGGGAUGAAAACUCCCAUCACAUAUCUCAACAUAAGCCGUCUAACGGACUAUAGGAAAGACGGGCACCCCUCGAUUUACAGGCCGGAUUUCCAUGCAGCUCAGCAAGAAAUACACGCACAAGACUGCAGCCAUUGGUGCCUCCCUGGAGUACCCGACACUUGGAACGAGUUGCUUUAUGUGUCUCUCUUAAAGCGAGGUCAAGGCUCUUGGAGGAAUUGAAGUUUUACUAGUUCAUGGGUCUUUGUAUACUAAGCUAGCUCAUUGGGAAUGUUUUGGUGUGAGUUUCUUUAGUUUUUUAAUUUUGCAAGUGUAUAAUAGAGUGAUAUGCCAUAUAAUGCAGAGAGGUUUUAGUAAUUCAAUCUGGUGCAAUUUUCGGUGGUGUGGUGUGGUGUGGUACGUUUAUUUGUGAUGGAAAUUAGGAAACUUUAUUAUAUGUGCAUUAAAAAUUUUGAUUCUUCCCUUCAAUA